UUGCCAUCAUGUCUGGCUACAUCAGAACGCUGAGAACGUUUCGAGGAGCUUCAUUGCCUGCUUCAUCUUAACGUAAUCUUUUGCUUUUUUGAGGAAUUCAAUUUUCCAUUAAGAAUUUACAUUUUGUACCUGUGAUUAAAAAACGAUAAUCUAUUCAAGAUGCGUGAAUGUAUCUCAGUCCACGUUGGUCAAGCUGGAGUCCAGAUUGGUAAUGCUUGCUGGGAACUCUAUUGUUUAGAACAUGGAAUCCAACCUGAUGGCCAAAUGCCAUCAGAUAAAUUGCUAGGAGGUGGAGACGACAGUUUCAACACCUUUUUUAGUGAAACUGGAGCAGGGAAACAUGUUCCAAGAGCUGUAUUUGUUGACUUGGAACCAACCGUCGUGGAUGAAGUCCGUACUGGAACUUACCGGCAACUAUUUCAUCCUGAACAACUAAUCACUGGCAAAGAGGACGCUGCGAAUAAUUAUGCUCGAGGUCAUUACACAAUUGGAAAAGAAAUAGUUGACCUAGUACUCGAUCGAAUUCGUAAACUUGCUGACCAAUGUACUGGACUUCAAGGAUUUUUAAUCUUUCACUCCUUCGGAGGAGGCACUGGCUCUGGAUUUACUUCUCUUCUUAUGGAACGACUUUCUGUCGACUAUGGAAAGAAAUCUAAAUUAGAAUUCGCUAUUUAUCCAGCUCCUCAAGUAUCAACUGCCGUUGUUGAACCUUACAACUCAAUUCUAACAACACAUACAACUCUGGAGCAUUCAGAUUGUGCUUUUAUGGUGGACAAUGAAGCUAUUUAUGACAUCUGCCGUAGAAAUUUAGAUAUAGAACGUCCAACAUACACUAAUCUAAACAGACUAAUUGGCCAAAUUGUAUCUUCAAUCACGGCAUCUCUACGUUUUGACGGAGCAUUAAAUGUUGAUCUUACUGAGUUCCAAACUAACUUGGUACCCUAUCCACGUAUUCAUUUCCCUCUGGUCACUUACGCUCCAGUCAUAUCUGCUGAAAAGGCUUAUCAUGAGCAGCUUUCAGUAGCAGAGAUUACAAAUGCUUGCUUUGAGCCAGCUAAUCAGAUGGUCAAAUGCGAUCCACGUCGGGGAAAGUACAUGGCUUGUUGUAUGUUAUACAGAGGAGACGUUGUACCUAAAGAUGUCAAUGCAGCUAUUGCUACUAUUAAGACUAAACGUACAAUCCAAUUUGUUGACUGGUGUCCAACUGGAUUCAAAGUCGGAAUCAAUUAUCAACCACCAACUGUUGUUCCUGGAGGUGAUCUUGCUAAAGUUCAACGUGCAGUUUGCAUGUUAUCCAAUACCACUGCCAUUGCUGAAGCUUGGGCUCGUCUUGAUCAUAAAUUCGAUCUUAUGUAUGCCAAACGUGCCUUUGUUCAUUGGUAUGUAGGUGAGGGUAUGGAAGAAGGAGAGUUUUCUGAAGCUCGAGAGGAUCUUGCUGCUCUUGAAAAGGAUUAUGAAGAAGUUGGAACUGAUUCAGUUGAAGGAGAAGACCAAGGUGCUGAAGAAUAUUAAAGAAAAAAAAGAAUCUGAGAAAUGUUAUUGAUUUUUGAUAUUUUUUGAUUGAUACUUUUUCUAUAUUGAAAUACUUCUCAGAAUUUGAAUAAAAAAAUUUCAAUACUCGUG